CAAAGACAGAAAUCCCGCUCCACUUAUUUUUAAUUCCCGCCGUGCAGGAUGUCUUUCUCUUCCUCUUUUGGCGUUCAGGUUGCAGCCAUCAUGGACGUUUUGGCGAAGGCUGCUGUGGCCGAAAUAACCAAGCUGGUGGAGGACGGGGUCGUGUCUCUGCGACUGGAGAUGUGUAGGAAGGACAGCGAGCUUCAGGACCUCAAAAGAAGUUUAAAAUCGAUGGAGGUUGAAAUGUGCAAAGCUCAGGAAGCUGCAGCUGCAAGCCGAGCUGCAGAGGACAGACAGCCUGAGCAAAUUACUGGGAGUCAAGUUCAGAGUAAAGAUGAAAUAGAAGGUGAGGAAAGGCCUGCACUGUAUCUGGAGCCAAACACUGCUGAUUCGCUCUGUGAGCCUCAACAUGGAUCAGAAGAGAGUGGCGAUGACAUGAAGCUUGUGGUCAAAUGUGAGCCAGCGGAUGAAAUCGCCACCCAGGAAGCGACCGAAGACAUCGCAACAGCAGCCAAUAACGUCUGCUUUGAGGCCGCAGAGCCAGAAGAGUCUCUGUGGCCUCCUCCUGCUUGUAGCAUGUUUGAACAAAGCUCGGCCGAAGUGGCGGUGCAGGCAAUGCAGCAACAAAUACAGAUUUUCUCCUCUCACCCUGAGCAACUUUCAUAUGAUUCAACCGCAGUGGAAGAAAUGGCCGAUGAUUCCUUAAGCGUGCCGAUUAAGGUGGAAGUUGAGAUGCGACCUAUGUGCAUGGAAAGUACUCCUUCAGAGCCGGUUCACAUGGAGCAGUUCAGACAUGUUUCACAGCCUGCGGUCAGUCAGCACCAACGAUUGCAGUGUGCUUCACCACAGGCGGGGCCGUCGCGACCCCCGUCUCGUGCGCAGAGGUCCACGGGGGGAAUGUUCGGAUCCAACGCAGAAGAUCACAUCCUCAGUAGAAACAACUUAAGAUCAAAAAGGCUGGUGAAUGUGUUCAGAGCAAAUCCCAAACUGUUCAUGUGCGUGAUCUGCAACAAAGGAUUCCCCCGUCUGACCCUGCUAGAGGAACACAACGCCACCCACGAAUCCAUGAAGCCUUUCCGCUGCCUCGAAUGCGGGAAGUGUUUCACCCAGAAGACCCGGCUGAAGACGCACCAACGCGUGCACACGGGAGAAAGGCCGUUCAGCUGCAAAAUCUGCGGCAAGAGGUUCUCCAGGCAGGACAACUGCCUGAGACACGAGCGUUUCCACAGCGGGGUGAAGCCGUUCAGCUGUGGGCAGUGUCCCAAAAGCUUCACGGUGUUCGGUAACCUCAAAAUACACCUCGAGACUCACCGGCACAGACGAUAGCACUCAGUUAUCGGGGCUUUUGCUCUAUAAGCAUCCAAGAAUUUGCACAAAUCUUUAUUUAAUCUUGCCAGGGAGCGGCUGUUUAAACAGAGAUGCUGGCAGUGUUUAAACCAUAGAUGAGGAGAAAUGGGAUUGCCAUCUUUUAAUAAUUCCUCUAACCAGUGUAUUCUUAUACUGGAAAUGCAGACUGCAAUCAUUUUACUCAUCACUAGGACUGGGCUUUGGCUCAAUUUUUCUGUGUGGAUUUUUUUCUACAUUAUAGGAACAUUUUUGAAAUAUCACAGGUGAUCAAAUGAGAAUGACGGUUUAAGUUUGAUUUCACAUUAAUGUGGCAGAUAUCAAUCACACAUUUUAACAUAAUUAUUUCUGAGUGGCAGCUGGAAAGCUUGCUGUGAGCCUGUUGAGGGAGGAUGUUUUAGGUAUCUACCCAACUCUACUCUAACACACCUGUUUCUAAUUAUUAACUCGUUAUGAAGCCCUUGGCAAGAUAAAGCUGCUUGAUAAUGAGUUAAUUAUUAGAAUGAGGUGUGUUAGAGUGGGGAAGAUACCUAAAACAUGCAGGGCAGUAGUUGGAGACCACUGGUGUUAGAGGCUUUGCUGGUCGCUCACUGUGAAAGCUCUAUAUCCUUCUUGGGACCACAGGAGCUGACAAAAGGAGAGCCAUAAAGUCCUCCAUAGAGGCUUUGGAGAAGGCCUGUAGGUUGCUCUGGAUCAUUAGGGAGAAUCGUGUGCAAGUGCUGCUGGGACACAAGUCUGGGGUCUGAUCAACCUGGGCUGGGUCGCCUGAGUGACGGUGUCUGAUCUUGCAAGACCUGAAACACUCGAUGAUCUCAGGAACAUCACUGAUGAUGUUUCCCAGCACAUCCUAGGAUGUGUCUUUGAACCACUGAGUGGAAAACAUGAAUGAAAUCCUUUUUAUGGUUUAAUUUAUGUAGUCGUAUAUUGUUGUGAUACAUCAUUUUUCCUGAAUUUAAAUGGUUACUGAUAAAAUAACCACAUUGGAAUAUCUGUUUUUUAGCCAAUCCAGCAAAUUAAAUAGAAAUGACAAAUAAAGGUAUGUCAUGAGAAAAUGCUGAAGCUGCUGUAUCAUGCAAUACUAGCUUAUAGCAGAUUUAUCACAUCAGCAUUUAUGUUGUUUGAAAAGUAAUCACAGAUAUGUUUGUGGUGGAGCACUAACAGGUUCAAUUUUCAGCUGUAAA